GAUGCCUCUGUAGAAAGAACAACAUCUGAAAUGUUGCACACCUCCCUGCCCUCACCUGAGAUGGCGGCUUUUCGGGCGCUCUAGCCCCCUUCCCUCGGACGCCAGGAGGGGGCGCGGCCUCGAGUCAGUCGGGCUCUGAGGUGGUUGAGGUGUGUGGCGCUGUGGACGGAGCCUAGGCACUUAGUGGUUCUGGGACGCGAAGGGCUGGGUUCUUGCGCUCCUUAUCUCCUUGCGUGUGUUUCCCAGCGGCUCUCCUAGCCUAACGCCUGGCCUCGCGGUCACCUCGUUCAGAGCCGCUCCCGGGUCCGGCUCCUGGCGGACGACUGUAACCGCGCUUCGGGCCGGACGAUGCCCAAGAAGCUGCUCCUGCUGCCCCCGCUGACCCCAUACUCGGCCUUCCGCGCCCCGCGAGCCCAUCCCGCAGCCCCGCCAGCCAUGAACGCCGCUCGCACUGGCUACCGUGUUUUCUCGGCCAACUCCACGGCCGCCUGCACGGAGCUGGCCAAGCGCAUCACCGAGCGUCUUGGUGCUGAUUUGGGGAAGUCUGUUGUAUACCAAGAGACCAAUGGAGAAACAAGAGUUGAAAUAAAAGAAUCUGUUCGUGGCCAAGAUAUUUUCAUUAUACAGACAAUACCCCGAGAUGUGAAUACAGCUGUGAUGGAGCUACUGAUUAUGGCUUAUGCACUGAAGACUUCUUGUGCCAGGAACAUCAUUGGCGUCAUCCCCUAUUUCCCCUAUAGCAAGCAAAGCAAGAUGAGAAAGAGGGGCUCCAUUGUGUGCAAGCUCCUGGCAUCCAUGCUGGCAAAGGCAGGUUUAACUCACAUUAUCACAAUGGAUCUUCACCAAAAGGAAAUACAAGGCUUUUUCAGCUUCCCCGUGGACAACCUUAGAGCCUCACCUUUCCUGCUUCAGUACAUCCAGGAAGAAAUUCCAAAUUACAGAAAUGCAGUCAUUGUAGCUAAGUCUCCUGAUGCUGCAAAAAGGGCUCAGUCAUAUGCUGAGAGGCUGCGUUUGGGGUUGGCUGUGAUCCACGGAGAAGCUCAGUGCACAGAGCUGGACAUGGAUGAUGGGCGUCAUUCUCCCCCAAUGGUCAAAAAUGCUACUGUGCACCCGGGCCUGGAGUUGCCAUUGAUGAUGGCCAAAGAGAAGCCACCGAUAACUGUGGUUGGAGAUGUGGGAGGACGCAUCGCAAUCAUAGUGGAUGACAUUAUUGAUGAUGUUGAGAGUUUUGUUGCUGCUGCGGAGAUCCUGAAAGAGAGAGGUGCUUACAAGAUCUAUGUUAUGGCUACUCAUGGCAUCCUGUCUGCAGAGGCCCCCCGCCUGAUCGAGGAGUCCUCCAUUGAUGAGGUGGUGGUGACGAAUACUGUCCCUCAUGAGAUCCAGAAGCUUCAGUGUCCCAAGAUAAAGACUGUGGAUAUCAGUUUGAUUCUUUCUGAAGCAAUCCGGAGAAUCCACAAUGGAGAGUCCAUGGCUUAUCUUUUCCGAAACAUCACAGUGGAUGACUAAGUUGCUUUCACCCUAGCACUCUGAAGGAAAAUGUGUACAAAGCAGUGCCAUCAGCCACACACACAGCGUUUCUUUGCAGGGAAGGACAGGAAGUCGUGUGAAGCUAGAGAUUGCCAAGAUUGGUGGGGAGGGGGCAUUCAGGUAGUAAAGAAGACCAAGCUAGUGAUAAACAACAUGGCCUUAAAUGUCCCCCAUCGCCAACCCUCUUCCUUCUGCAGAAAUUACAGACACACUCCUCAAAAAAAUCUGAAAAUUGUUAUAUCGAAGAGGAGUUAAAAGCAGAUAAAGUGUUAACUCUAUGAUGUUCAUUCAUUCAUUUCAGCUCCAGAGAAUGCAGAUGUGAUAUUGAACUUGGUUGGGGAGCUGAGUGACCCUGCCACUGUUUCUCUCCAGUUGUCCUCUCCCUAGUCAAGCUCAUAUAAGUCUUUUGUAGAGAAUCCUAUUUUUCUUCCAGAAACUGCCAUGCCUACUGCCAUGGAACGGUGAAGCAUUUGUGUCCUUGUUCCUUGCGGGGUUAUCACAGUGCAGCCCAUCCCUGGGUGUCUGUAUCACUCUGAAGUUGCAAAUAAAAGAAUUUGUUGUCUCCUGGGUCCCCACUACACUGCAGAGUCCCUGCUAGGCAGAUGGACUAACUCUUACCCACAUUGUGCAAAACACAGUGGACACAAAGGAAAAUAAAGGCUUGCCAGAGUCCAUGGUAGAGAGAGACCCCAGGCAUAAAUCUAAUGUACAUUCCAUCCUGUUCCUAAGCACUAAAGUUAAAUCCUUGUUAAAGUCCAAAUUAAAAGAAAAAAGAACCAA